AUGUACAGCAUGACUCCGUCUUUGAAAGGGAAGGCGGAGGAGGAAGAGGAUGGGAAGAAAGAAGGCGACUGGAAACCUUGCAUGUUGGGCCAGAUGACUUCUUCUCCUAGCGUCUUUGUAGAUGAUGGCUCCAGUGAUAAGCUACUGUCUCACCUGAUAGGCUGGGGUCGGUGUCAGCUGGAGGAUUUCAAACUUUGCUUCUGGUCCCCACAGCUGCUGCCUGAACGUCCAGUAAUCUCCUGGGCAAACUUGAAAGCCAUCAGGCCCACUCACCUGCUCGGUCUGUUGAAGGAACACUUAUCCGUAAGGCAGAUAUGGGACGGGACCCUCCACAUCUUUCAGCACAUGAAGCUGACUUCGCUAUACGAGCAAAUGAGAGCAGAGAUGAAUGAGGUGGAACAGGUAUGGGGACCCCAAGAUCCAAACCAAGAAGAACCAGAGAUGCUGGAAGAAGAAACAGCUCACAGAAGAAGAUACAGAGAGACGAUGAGGAUGGAAAUAUUGGUUCUGUGGGACAGCACCCCUUGGCCUGAUGACCAUAUAUAUCUCCACAACACGGGAGCACAGGAACGCAGAGAGCUGAGGAGACUACCGCAUCCGAGCCGGCCUGGAGCCCAGCCACUGACAGUAGCAUUGGAGGGCCUGGCGGGUGUUGGGAGGACCACCCUGGCCAUGAAGGUCAUGCCACACUGGGCAGAGGGCAUACUCGUUCAGCACGAGUUCUCCUGUGUUUUCUACCUCAGCUGCCACAAGGUGGGAGAGAUUGUGAACACCACCUUUGCUGGCCUGCUCUCCUGGGAGUGGCCUGACUCUCAGGUCCCCAUUGAAGAGUUCAGGAGUCAUCCUGAGAGGCUCCUGUUUGCCAUUGAUGGCUUUGAAGAAAUGACUGUGUCUUCCACCUUGUACGAAAGCCCGCCCUGUACAGACUGGUACCAGCAGCUCCCAGUGGCCAGAAUCCUACUCCACUUGUUGAAGAAGGAGUUGGUUCCCACAGCUACCUUACUGAUAACGACCAGAGACUGUGGUAAUCUUAAACAUUUGUUAGUGAAUCCAUGAAGCUUGGGGAGAGAAUCGGUUGUCGUCUCGGGGUUCACAGAGGGAGACCGGGAGGAGUAUUUCAUCAAGUUCUUUGGUGACCUAGACAAAGCUAAUAAAAUCUUGAAUUGGUUAAGAAAAAUGGAAACUCUUUUUGAUUCCUGCUCUGCCCCCCUGGUGUGCUGGACUGUGUGUUCCAGCCUGAAGUGGCAGACGGCAAGCAAUCCUUCUUUCUGGCUGGCCACACAGACCACCACCAGCAUCUACGCCUAUUCUUUCUGCAGCUUCUUUGCCAUGGCGGAGGUGAGCUUGUCAGAUCAGAGCUUGCCGGAACAGUGGAGAGCCUUGUGCUCUCUGGUUGCAGAGGGGAUGUGGUUCUCAAACUUCACAUUUGCAAAAGAGGUCCUGGAACAAGGGCAUCUGGAAGCCUCUUUCAUUGAUUCUCUCUUGAGGUUGAAUAUUCUUCGAAAGGUCAGUGACUGUGAAGAGUGCAUUUCUUUCACUCACUAAGGUUUCCAGGCAUUUUGGGGGGCCGUGUUUUAUGUGCUCUGGGGAACAAGAGGAUCCCUUGGUGGUCCCUCAAAGCAUCAGGAGAUGAGGGUGUUCCUGAAUGACGCCUUUGCUAACACAAACUUCUGCUGGCAUCAGAUGGCUCUUUUAUCCUUUGGUCUUUUAAAUACAGACCUAGCAAGAGAGCUAGAAGAUACUUUACACUGUGAAAUGUCUCCCAGGGUAAUGGACGAAUUAUUAGACUGGGCAGAAGGGUUGGAGAAGCAUGAUGCUGUCUCAGUCCACUUCGGAUUCCUACAGUUCUUCCAGUGCUUAUGUGAGACUAAGGACGAAAAUUUUAUAAGGCAGAUUUUGAAUCACCUCCUUGAAGCUGAUCUCGACAUUCAUGGGUAUCAGCGCCUCCAGGUUUCUUCCUUUUGCCUAAAGCACGGUCAAAAGUUACGUAAGCUGAGGCUCUCUGUCAGCGGUCCCAUCCUUGAGACGAAAUGAACUUCUGCCUUGGAAACUCUGGAGACAGGGGUUGCCAAUUUCAGGAAACAUCAGUGGGAGGACAUUUGCUCUGUGUUUUGCAAUGGGAACAUGAGAGAGCUGGACCUGAGUAACAGCAAGCGUAAUACUUCAUCUAUGAAGGCACUCUGUUAUAAGCUGAGAAGUCCAAGGUGCAAACUCCAAAAACUGACGUGCAAGUCGGUGUCUCCUGUGAAGAUUCUGAAGGAGCUUGUCAUCGUGCUUCAUGGUAACCACAAGCUGACCCACCUGGAUCUGAGCUCUAACAACCUAGGAAUUACUGUGUCCAAGAUGAUUUUUAGAACUUUGAGGCACUCAGCCUGCAACCUCAAGUAUCUGUGCCUGGAGAAAUGCAGCCUGUUGGCGGCCCACUGUCAGGACCUGGCCUUGCUUCUCAUCAGUACCCAGGGAAUGACUCGACUGUGCCUGGGAAUUAAUCAGCUCCAGGAUGAUGACGUGAGGCUGCUCUGUGCUUCCCUGCCUCACCCCGAGUGUGUCUGAGAGAGACUGGUCUACACCAAGCCUCGGGCACCAGAAACGAUGCUGCAUUCUGGGCGGGAAGGAGAGCUUUCAAAGAUCCCCGGGGGCCCACGUCUCCUGGGGGUGGGGUUCCCUCCUCCAGCCUCUUUCCAUGCAGUCGCCCCACCUACGCACUACACCUCCGUCAUCAGAGCAGUUUCCCAGGGAAUCAAGGCUGCAGAGGACGUGUGCAAAAGGGAUUCGUCCUACACAUUUGCUGGGAAUAUCAACUGGUGCAGCCACUAUGGAGAAAUGUAUGGAGCUUCCUGUAACCCUCUGGGACCUGAGCUGAAUCUCAUUCAUGGACGCAGAGCAGGCUUUGUCCCAAGGCUGGACUGUCCUUGUGCUGCACAAGCUGGGGUCGAUGUGACAGCGAAGAACCCUCUUGGACCUGGAGUGCCUGGUCCCGUCUGGAUGGGCCUACAAUCUCCACAUCAAGGGGGGCUCCCCUACAGCUACACCAAGCCUCGGGCUCCAGAAGUGAUGCUGCAUUCUGGGCGGGAAGGAGAGCUUUCAAAGAUCCCCGGGGGCCCACGUCUCCUGGGGGUGGGGUUCCCUCCUCCAGCCUCUUUCUAUGCAGUCGCCCCACCUAAGGACGACAGUUCCGUCAUCAGAGCAGUUUCCCAGGCAUUGGGAUUUCCCUCGGGGGUGAAGGGCAAGGGUGAGGAAGCAAUGAGACACAACCCCUUCGGUGUUUCUUCGGGCACAUUCCACGCACACUGA